CCGGAGUGACACCUCGCCUCUUUUUUAAUUCCGGUUCCGGUUGGACAAAUUUCGAAAAAUCACAUGAUUAAUAAUCUAAUGAUAAGUCGCUUCUCAAGUAGUAUUUCAAGAUUUUCACAUACUAAGUCUUUUAUACAUAUAGCAUUUACUCCAAGGUCCAUACAAGAGGCAUUUUCUUUUAAUAUUUCAAAGCUCACACUUCGUUCAAAAAUGACGGAAGCUCGAGGACUUUAUCCAGAAAUUGAGCCAUUCGAUAGUGGAAAACUGAAGGUUUCAGAUGUACAUGAUGUUUACUACGAACAAUCAGGAAACAAAAAUGGCAACCCGGUCAUAUUUUUGCAUGGUGGCCCAGGUGGAGGCACAGGUCCUAAAGACAGACGGUUCUUUGACCCUGCAGCAUACAGAAUAAUACUGAUGGACCAACGCGGAGCUGGUAAAUCAACCCCUGCAGCAGAACUCAAGGAUAACACUACAUGGCAUUUAGUUGACGAUAUCGAAAGUCUAAGAAAGCAUUUGAAUAUUGAGAAAUGGGUUGUUUUUGGAGGGAGCUGGGGCUCAACUCUGUCAUUAGCUUAUGCUGAGACCCAUCCUGACAGAGUAAAAGCAUUGAUCCUAAGAGGAAUAUUUACAUUAAGAAGGAGUGAGCUGAUUUGGUUCUACCAAGAAGGUGCAAGUCAUAUUUUCCCUGAUGUCUGGGAGAAAUAUCUGGCCCCAAUCCCAGAGGUAGAGAGACAUGAUCUCAUGAGUGCGUAUUACAGGCGUCUAACAGGGAAUGAUGAGGAGAAGAAGCUAGCUUGUGCCAGGGCCUGGAGUACAUGGGAAAUGGAAACCUCAAGGCUGAUGCCAGAUCCAAACUAUGUCAAAAGAACAGAGAGUGAUAUUUGGUCAUUACAGUUUGCCAGAAUUGAAUGUCAUUAUUUUGUUCACGGCGGAUUCUUCAAGACUGAUGGUCAGAUAUUGGAAAAUGCUGAUAAGUUGAAAGAUAUUCCAGGGACAAUAGUGCAAGGUCGUUAUGAUGUGGUUUGUCCUGCCAGAACUGCAUGGGAGCUUCACAAGAGAUGGCCAUCGGCUGACUUCCAAUUUGUUCAUGACGCUGGGCAUUCUGCAGUGGAAUCAGGGACAACAGCUUUACUAGUUCAGGCAGCAGAUAAAUACAAGAAUUUAUAGGACACAUCCUUUUUAGCUCAGCAAUCGCUCAGUUAUUCUUGUUCACUCUAAAAUAUACACGGAUUGCAAACUAUAUGUACCAUGCGAAUAUUAUGGACACUGAUAGAGUUGUUUCUCCAACCUCAAAAAAUUAACUAUCAAUUCAUAUUUUAUGAUUCAACCAUACUGAAAAUUCAAUUGAGAUACUUUGAGAAAGUAAAUUAUAAAUGAAUGGCUACUCUACUUAUUGAAACUAUAAUAAUGUCAGUAUUUUGGCAAAUCUGCAAUAAAUGAUAUUUUUGGAAUAAAACUAACAA